AAUUCUUUGAGGUUAGUAUGAAUAAUAACAAACGCCAAAAAUGUUAUUAAAUUUAUAUAAAAUAAGGAAAAUUACAAUUUGUUGUAAUGCCGAAGUCAAUUUUAUGCUAAAAAGGCAUUUUUCCAAUAAUGUUACUAAACAUUACGAUAUUGUUAUCGCCGGAGGUGGAAUGGUCGGGACAACAUUGGCCUGCACUUUAGGAAAAAAUAAGAAACUAACAGAAAAAAAGAUCCUUUUACUGGAAGCCAGUAAGAAUAAACCAUGGACCUUACCAGAAAAAUACAGUAAUAGAGUAGUAUCCCUUAACCCAGGCACUCGGACAUUACUAAACAGCAUCGGAGCCUGGAAAAACAUUGAAAAGUCCAGGUUUGCCACAGUAAAAAGACUACAGGUUUGGGAUGCCUUGUCGGACACAACAAUAACAUUCGGACAGCCUGAACUAACUGAAACAGUAUCAUAUAUAGUUGAAAAUGAUCUUUUAUUAUCUGCCGUCGCUGAAGAGACUAAAAAUUGCCAAAAUGUUACGAUCCAAUAUGAUGCCAGGGUUAAAGAGUACACCCUCCCCGAAUAUUCUGAAAAAAAUGUCAAAAUUCAACUGGAAAAUGGAGAUGAGUACACUUGUGACUUAUUGCUCGGCUGCGACGGCGUUAACUCGUCAGUGCGAAAAGCCAUGCAAGCGGACUACUUAUCCUGGUCUUACCAUCAAAUGGGCGUGGUUGCCACAUUAAAACUUUCAGAGCCCAUCAAAAACGAAAUCGCUUGGCAACGGUUCUUGCCUACUGGACCAGUUGCGUUACUCCCUCUUACAGACGAUAUGAGCUCCUUGGUUUGGUCCACUACUGUACAAGAGGCCAAACGACUAUUGGGACUAUCGGACGAAGAGUUUGUCGAUGAACUUAACAGAGCGAUUUACGGGACCUUUAGUAGGUCCUCUCUGGUCCUACAGGCCACCAGCGCUUUCGACACAUUCCUGCGAUUCCUGAACUGUGGAGUCGACGAGAUGCGACAAUUCCCCCCUAAAAUAAAAACAAUCGAAACGGGUAGCAGGGCGGGUUUUCCUUUGGGUUUCGGCCAUUCCAGUCAGUAUAUUGGCAAAGGGGUGGCGCUAGUCGGGGAUGCGGCUCAUAGAAUUCACCCUUUGGCCGGCCAGGGGGUCAAUUUGGGUUUCGGCGACGUCACUUGCUUGAAUGACAUCUUAGGCAAAGCCGUUUAUUCGGGAAGUACCAUUAACGACCUCGGCUACCUGAGAGAAUACGAGAGCGAAAGGCAAAAGCACAAUGUGACAACCAUGGCGGCAAUCGAGGGUCUGCAUCGGCUGUAUACGACGGAUUUAACCCCCGUUGUCCUUCUGAGAAGUCUGGGGUUGCAAUUUACCCACGCCCUGGCACCCUUGAAGAGAGCCAUCGUCACUCAAGCAUCCAACUGACACGACACCUAUUUAGGUAAAUUACGUCAAUUUGCAUUUUAUUUCUUAAAAAUUACCUUUUUUACCUGAUAACUAUUUAAUAUUAUCUGUAAUUAUAUAUAGGCCAGGUAAAGGUUUGUAAAUAAUAAAAUUUCCAAGAAC